CGCUCGUGAUCGUGACCGGGCUCGUGGGGGCACCGCGACCGCGGUGCAGCUGUUUCUCCACCCAUCGUACUCGGGUAGAUCGACGUUGAUCAGAUACGUUACGCGUGAGUUCUGUCGCUGCUUCUGCUGCGGGGCGGCCGCAGUGUGUCUGUCGGGGAUGGUGGCCGCGGAUGCUAUCAUCACUGCGAAACUCGUUGUCAAGUUCCGCGCGAUGAACUACAAGACGAGCUUCAAGGACACGCGCAAUGUGAUCAGGCGGCUGACCAUGGCGUCCUUUCGCAAUGGGGUUGACCGUCAUCGCGGUGGUCAUCUUCCGCGUCCAACCGGAGACCGACAGUGCCUAGACUGUUUCAAAUUCCGACUGAACCGCGCGCCUCUGAUUGAUUAUAAACAGUUGCGACGAUGAUCGAGAUGACCGUCGGCCGCAUUUAACCGCUCUCGAUGUUCUCCAACCUGAACAACCGCGCGUCGCUGCUCAGCGACACCAGCCUACACUGCAACAGGACCUCCGACUCCAACAACGGCAUCAACAACAACUACACGGGCGGGGUCCCGACGGUACUGAGCAUCCUGGGGGAUGUGGAGACGCAUUAUAAACGCGACGCUAUCGCGAUGGAAACGCGCGGCAAGGAGGGCGGCAACCUAGAGAGCAACGAGGACGGGCUCGUCAUCGAGUAUAAGCUCCAGGAG